AUGUCAUCAACCACCUCUGAUGCUUCGCCCUCUCUCUUCUCUAGACGAAAACUACCAGCGUUCCCUCGCCGUCUCUCCAUCGGCCGUUCAAGCAGAUCUACCAACGCCGACAGCUCUCCCACCACUCCUUCGCUACUAUCACCCCGUUCACCCUUGUCUUUCUCAAGAUCACCCACCGUAGGCUAUGCGUACGAGAGCAUGACAGCUUGCACGAGCCCCCCAAUUAUUCAGCGGGGUACCCUAGCCACCGAGUCUUCUCGAGCUACACCGACUAGGACUCGAUCUGGCAGUACGGGCCUCGAGACGGAGGACAGGGCCGAAAGGGACGCAGCCUCUACUAGUCCGGAGGAAGAGUCGUGCACUCCAUCAUCGGAAGAGACUGAACGAGAGGCGAAGCGUAAGGCGUUCUUGAAAAAACAGGUAGAAGAGGCGUUAGCCACAGUUGAUAAGAAUCAGUAUCUCGGAAUCCAUCCUUCUGAGCGGGGUAUACCAGAAGCAGACGAAGAGUGUUGA